GUCUCGCCUUUCCCUGCCGCGCCGCCUGCGACGGACUCGGAGCUUCGUGGCGGUGGGCGACGCUUCUUCCGCCGCGCUCACGGCUGAGCUUUUCGCCCCUGACUGGUCUAUGGUGCUUCCCGAAGCCCCCGGCAUCGCCAUGUCGCGCUCCGAGGAGGUGCAUCGGAUCACCGAGAAUGUCUACAAGACUAUCAUGGAGCAGUUCAACCCCAGUCUCCGGAACUUCAUUUCCAUGGGGAAGAACUAUGAGAAAGCUUUAGCAGGUGUGACAUACGCAGCAAAAGGAUACUUCGAUGCUCUGGUUAAGAUGGGAGAGCUGGCCAGUGAAAGUCAAGGAUCUAAGGAACUGGGGGAUGUUCUGUUCCAGAUGGCUGAAGUCCACAGGCAGAUUCAGAAUCAGUUAGAAGAGAUGCUGAAGUCCUUCCAUAAUGAGCUGUUAACACAACUGGAACAGAAGGUAGAAUUGGAUUCACGGUAUCUAAGCGCUGCACUGAAGAAGUACCAGACGGAGCAGAGGAAUAAAGGGGAUUCACUAGAGAAGUGCCAGGGUGAACUGAAGAAGCUUCGGAAGAAGAGCCAAGGGAGCAAGAACCCCCAGAAAUACUCUGACAAGGAACUACAGUUUAUCGAAGCUAUCAGCAACAAGCAAGGUGAGCUAGAGAACUAUGUGUCCGACGGCUACAAGACAGCGCUCACGGAAGAGAGGCGACGGUUCUGUUUCUUGGUGGAGAAGCAAUGUGCGGUGGCCAAAAAUGCCCUUGCCUACCAUUCCAAGGGAAAAGACAUCCUGACACAGAAGCUUCCUGUGUGGCAGCAGUCUUGUGCUGAUCCCAACAAGAUCCCAGAUCGUGCUAUCCAGCUCAUGCAGCAGAUGGCCCUCAGCAGUAAUGGGACCAUUAUGCCCAGCCCUCUCUCUACAUCCAAAUCAAACCUCAUCAUCUCAGACCCCAUCCCUGGUGCCAAACCACUGCCUGUCCCACCAGAGCUGGCACCUUUUGUUGGACGAAUGUCUGCCCAAGAGACCAUACCUGUGAUGAAUGGUGUCUCAGGCUCAGAAGGUGAAGACUACAACCACUGGUCUGACAGGAAGCCUCCUCAACCUAAAUCCUUAUCCCCACCUCAAACUCAGAAGCAGUUGAGCGAUUCUUACUCCAACACCCUCCCUGUGCGCAAAAGCGUCAUGCCGAAAAACAGCUAUGCAGCCACUGAGAACAAGACCCUGCCUCGUUCCAGCUCCAUGGCUGCAGGGCUGGAGAAGAAUGGCAGGACUAGGGUACGAGCCAUCUUCUCUCACGCGGCUGGGGAUAACAGCACCCUUCUCAGCUUCAAGGAGGGAGACCUCAUUACGUUGCUAGUGCCUGAGGCCAGAGACGGGUGGCACUAUGGAGAGAGUGAGAAGACAAAACUGAGAGGCUGGUUUCCUUUCUCCUACACACGUGUGCUGGACAGUGAUGGGACUGACAGGUUACAUAUGAGCCAAGGGAAAAGCAGUAGUACAGGUAACCUGCUGGACAAAGACGACAUCCCUCCUCCAGAUUACAGCAUGUCGUCUCGAGCUUUCCAGUCACAGAAUGUCAGCACUUUCAAACAGAGACCAUACAGCGUGGCAGUGCCAGCUUUUGCCCAGGGACUGGAUGACUAUGGGGCAAGACCCUCAAGCAGCACGGAUGUUGAAGUGGCCAGGUUUUGAGAUGUGUCCCUGACUGUAUAGUUGAAUCCUUUUGCCAACGUCCAGCUCAAACCCACAGUGACAAAUGACCGUUCAGCUCCUCUCAUCAGCUGAUCCCAGGGAUGUUGAGCGACGGCGGGUACCUCGCAUCUUUUAUUUCUGUCUCAUCUGUGUUGCAUUUUCAUGGUGUACUUUUACCAUAUGCAUGUCUUUCCUACAAUUAUAUUUUUGUAGUUAGAUGGAAUUGCCACCUCCUGCUUGAAAAGCAGAUGUUGGCACACUUAUUUUAUUUUUUUGAUCCUUAGAAAAAGAAGAGAUAUUUUGCCCUUCAAGUACGAAGUAACUUGAAUACUAUGCAAUCUCUGUCUUUUGAAUAGAGUGCUAGAUAGAACUAGCAGCCAGGCUCAGCUGAGCACUGUACUCUUUAUAGACUAUGUUCUGAACCUCUGUGGGAUAAUGAUGAGCCAAGAAAGGCUACUAUAGAGAUGGCAAACCACCUGGGGUGCCACUUAUAAGUUCCCCUGGAUAUCUUCUAUCAGCACACUUCGAACAUACGUCUUUCAAUAAACUACAUUUUUGGACUCAAGUGAUUGUCUAGAAGAGUGCUGGCACUGCCCAGUGCUGCAAGAUGGUGAUGCUUCCUAGCUCUGGAUCUCUGGUGAAACCCUGACACCUGUACUGCACAGAAUUGCACCUGGAGCAGUACAUUAUAAGGAUAAAAGGCUCUUUUCACUUUACUCACUAAUUCAUGAGUUUCCUUUUGUCUUUUGCUGGACUUUACUGGAUAAGCCCUGGGUGCUCAGCCUUGGGAAAGCUGGAGUCCAAAAGAUGGUGGUGUGUUUUUUUUCAAUUUUACUUGGAAAAUUCUGAUUAAAUUCUGAUUCAGUCUGUCUGACAGACACACAUUCUGCCUGUCAUCAAGGAGGAGAAGGAAGCAGGGGCAGAGGUAACACGGCGAGGACUUUGUCGUAUAUCUGAUGAUGGCUUAAUCAUUGUGUACACAUUUUUUACUAUUUAAAAUUGUUGUGAUGUUUUAAAUGGGGAAAAAGGCCUGCCCUGAUCCAGGAAAGCACAAUUUGUUGCUUGGGAAACUGCCCUGUUUUCCUAGGAUACCUCACUAAUGGACUAAGCAACUGAGGAACCUCAACAAUUACAAAGCUAAGAGGGUUCCCCCACAAUCCUCACCUCAUGUCAAGCUUUUGUUGCAGUGGCAUUCUGCUUAAAAGGACAAUCCUGCCUGGUGCAGUGCUUUUGUGCCUCGCGAUCCAGAAAGUGGUUGGCUUAGACAGCCAGGUACUGCAAGUCUGUCCUCUUUGUAAGGUCUUGGGUCAGUGAUCCAAACAAAGCUGUAUUCUGAUUUUUUUU